GGUGCCGGCGGCGGCGGCGGCGGCGGGCGCACCUGCCCCGCGCACUCACGCAGCGACCGCCGGCGAGCGCCCGCCUGACCCCGGCUACGUCACCACGAUCGAUCGUCCGGCAUCUUGGGUGACACCACCACUGGUCACCACUUCAGCUCAGCUAAAAAAAUUGACCAGCCGCAUAAGUGCCAAUAUUGAAUUUUGGGAAAGUUGCUAAAAGUUUGAAAAACUUUGAAGACUGUUUGGACUCGUGGGAUAAUAUUGUGGUGUGUUAAAUGUGAAGAAUGACGCGGCGGGACGGAGCCAGCGUGGUGUUGAGUUACCAAGUGCUUUGUGAUUGAGAGCCUUGAUUGGGCAGUUUAACAGUGACCGUGAGGAUCGAUGGUGGUACUCCGCGCUGAGUCACCAGUGAGUCAUCGUCGUGGACUAACAGUGUGGUGACAUCGCGUGGCGGUGGUGGCAUGUAACAGGAUGCAUAUCACGUCGGGUCUGUCUCCGGCGCGGGGGGAGAUGCUGGGCGCGACAGGAGCUGAGCUCUAUGGAGCGGGGGGAGACAUGUGCGAGGCCUACUUCGCCGUCGACCACACCGUGCCCGAAUCAUCUCACACGGUGGAGAUCGAAUACGUGUACGAGCAACCCGAGACCGUGACGCAAAUCGAACCAAUCAUCGAGUCACCAAAGCCGAAGCGGCCGAAGAUUCCGCAGCCAGAGAAAGUCGAGGAGGAAACGGACCUGACGAACCUGACAUGGCUGCAGAACAUAACGAACAUAAUGGCGCUGCCUCAGUUCCCGAUCCCGCCGGUCUCACCCACACCGCCGAAGCACCCUCAGAACACGCGGCUACAGAAGUUCAACCUGACGAUCGCGAAGUGCCAGAAGGACUUCACGGAGCGCGCGGAGGAGUACAGAACCAACGCGGCGCUGAAGCCGCCCUACUCGUACAGCACGCUCAUCUGCAUGGCCAUGCGCUGCAACGACGGCAAGAUGACGCUCGCCGCCAUCUACAGCUGGAUCCGGGACAACUUCAAGUACUACCGCCAAGCCGAGCCCUCGUGGCAGAACUCGAUCCGCCACAACCUGUCCCUCAACAAGGUAUUCGUCAAAGUGGCUCGCUCGAAGCAGGAGCCGGGCAAAGGGGGCUUCUGGAAGCUGGACCUGGCCCACCUCGAGGGCACGCGCCGCAUCGCCAACCGACCGCACAAGAAGAAGAAGACACCACCCAAGGUCAGGGAGGAAGUGACGGCCGUCGCGAACAUUCCAGAAAUGGUACAAGUGGUUCCAGUAGACAGCAUCGAACCAGUGCAGAUCCACCUACCAGAGUUCAAUCUUGGCGUCAUGCAGUCACUGCCUGAUAUAUCGCUGGAUGGCAAUAUCGGGGCUAAUGUGAUAGUGGAGCCGGCUGUCCCGCCGCCGCUGAUCCCCGAGGACGACAUCACGUCUCUGCUGCUGAACCCCACGGACUGGGAUGACUUGCAGCUGGAUAUGCUGGAUAACUAUCUAGACUCGUGUUUCAAGUAAGUUGGAGUUUUCUAGUUUUUGUAUUGAUCUGUUUUGGGUUUAGGUGUAGAAUUAUGAAAUAACUGAUUGGUCUGUUUAUAGUGAAUUUGACGAAAUGGAUAGUAUCAUCGAAAGUAACCAUUGAGGUUAUGGGGAGGCCUAUGUCCAACAGUGGCAGCAGUAUAGAAACCGUCUUUAUGGUGUAGUGGUAGACAGUAGACGCUCUGCUUCUACCAUAUCCUGCCCAAGAACAAUAAUUAAUUAUGGCCGAAGAUGAUAACUACAUUGUGUUUAAAGGGUACCUACCUAUACUUACUUGGCAUUAAAGCACUGUGAUGAAGGUUAAAGAGAUAGAAUCCUAGCACCGCCGUAGUCGUCAGGAUAUCAUUAAACAUUUAAGUACCUAAAAUAACUAGAAUUUUAUUGUAUAAUUCUUACUUAUGGCAAAGUCGAUGAAACUACCAUCGUCGUGCUGAAUAUCUAAGCAGUAAAUUUAAUUUUAUGAAGUAGAAUCUAGUCACUAUGAACUUCUUGGCAAUAUGCGAAAGAACUAUUGAGUUGUAUUUUUAUACUUACAUUACUGUAUUUAAUUACAUUUAUAUACUUAUAAGUGAAGUGAUUCAUUGCACAAACUAUGUAGGAUAUUGAGCUUAUUAUAUUAAUUAAGUAUCUUCUACAAGUAGGUAUACUUUUCUACACUUAUACUUUGCAUAACUAAUAUCCAAGUGUUUGGCACAAAUGAUUUUAACUUGAAGUACUUACAGAGUUACUAUUAUAUUUUUAUGUAUUGCUCAAGCAAAGCUCACUUAUUUUUUAAGCAUAAACUGUUUCUUAUACAAAAAAAGUAUUAAAUAUACAAAAUUGGUCAGUAUUACGUACAUUACCUAGGUAUUUCUGAUGAAGCACCAAUAAAACUUACAUUAGGUACUUAGUUAAGUGACUUUUAAGUCUAGUUAAACUACGUGCUGGAUUUGUAGUCAGUACUGUGUAUUUAAUAAAAAAAUAAAGAGUACGAGAGCGAUAUAUAUUCAAUAUAAAAUAAUAUUUUGAAUUGAGUAGGCCUCCCUACAUGCCAUGGAACCUCGUCAUCCCAAUCUAGGUACUAUUCUACAUUUCUACCUGUACUAACUACAAGUCUGCACUUUGUUGAUAACGAAAUGACACAAAUUUACCGCCCAGUAUUACGAUUUGUACAAUAAAAAUGAAUUAGAUUAAGGUGAACUAAAAAUCUAUAUUAAAUGAGUGGCAAUAUUUAUUUAAUAUAAGUAUUAUGGAAGUCUAAUAUCAGAUAAUCCGUCCAGUAUUAUUAAGCAAAGCAGUAACUACUAGUGGGUAUUGUACGUCGUGACUAUACAGGUGUUGCAAUAGUGGAACGAUAAAAAGUAAAACAGUGGAACUACUCGCGAAUUUUUAAAAGUAGUAGAAUGAAAGUUGCCUAGAAUAACCCCAUGAAUCACCCCUUUUCGGCUUACUCUGUAAACCAUUUUGUUAACACCCUGUCGAUAAUCAGAUGUAUCUACUGAUACGUAGAUGUAUAUGUUUAUACUUAGAUAUACACGUAUUUGUGAAAAUAAUUUAUAUCCACUCUGCUCAAGCGAUUGAGAACGAUUGAUGCUACUUUUAACCGACUUCAAAAAAAGAGGAGGUUCUCAAUUCGUCGGGUUUUUUACUAAUAUAUUUUCUUCAAUAUUAUUUGUAUCGAAUAUGAAUCAAUGCAAUAAAAUGUAAUUUUUGUAAAGAUGAAUAUGAAGAUAAUUAUGUGUGCUAUUAUUUGUAAACUAGAACAUUACACACUGCUCAUUGGCCUGUGAAUCCGAAUUGGUCAAAAUUAUUGCUCAGCACAAAUGAUUCCAUUUAAUAUAUAAAAGUUAUUUAGCAUAAUAUAUAUUUACACAAAAAUAUUUAUAAUAAGGUAAUGCACUGUUUUGUGAAGGUAAAUUAAUUGGCAAAUGCAUUUAAAUAUACUUAACGUAAAAUAAUGUGCUAAUAAUAGUAAAAUGUGUCCGUCCACACGUGUCUUUAUUUAAAUAUUAGAUAUUUAUCAUAGUAUUUAUAUAUCUCAUGUAAGUAAAUAAACUAGUCAUUUUAUUGCUUACAUAUAAAAAAUAUGUAGGUACUUAUAAACUUACCUAGUCUAAAAAGUAGGCAAGAAAUGUAAAAUUCAAGGUAUAAUAGAUAAAAUUUUAUAAUGAUUUGAUUUUUAAUAUUAAAUGGGGGCUUAGUAUAAUUUUUCGAUAUCGUUCGCCUAAACUUCUGCCUUCUGGCGCCUCACGAGGUAAUGCAUGUUUUGCCCGCUAGGUGCCGACACUUUAUAUAGCUCCAUACGACAAAACUCGCACUGGCUCCCAGUCCAUAUAUUUAUUAAUAUAAUCAGUAUUAAACUGUAUUGUAUAUAAAUAUAAUAAAAUUGUAAGAGGUUUAAAAAUACCUGUGAGUAGAUAGAUACUACUGUGUGAUAGCUGAGCAUAAGUAUUAUUAAUAUAUUUUAUUAUCUGUGCAAUUUCUUUUUAAUGCUUACUUUAUUGUGUCGGUUUUUACCAAUGUAAGUUUUGCUUCUUGGUAAAGUUAAAUUGUUUAGUUAAACUCAGAUAAUUAGAAUAAUUGUCUAGAUUCUUUAGUGUCAUGACUACUCAUGACUUUAAUGGUUGUUAAAGUUAAGCUCAAAGUUUGCAAUACCUACUAAUUAAUAUUUCAUGUUUAGAAGUGUCCUUAUAAUUACUAUCAUUAAUAUCAAUAAUAAAGUGUUAACAGUAAUUUGUA